UGGACAAACAAAGUGCGCUCGACGGGACCAGCGGUCCGCGCAGCCAGUCGCGAGACGUUUCUCUGGGGACCGCCCCAGCGACGCUCGGCCCGGAUCGUCGUGCACGGGAAGGGCCUCAGCGAACGCCGGCACGCCAGCAGCUGCGAUGGCCGGCCCCAGCGGAACGGGCGAGCGACGCGCCGCCACGGCUAGCCGGCACUCGCCGGACACUGGCAGCGGCAGCUCGUCGGACUGCGACGCGAAGAGGCGCAAGUCGAAACGACAACGUUCGCCCAGUAGCAGCGACACGUCCGGUAGCACCCAAAAGCUGGGCAGACACAGGGCUGCGAAGCGCCGCGAGAGAAGUGAAUCCGCGUCCAGCCGUGUCGGCCGCGAGAAAGGCAAGUCCAAGAACCGACGCCACUCGAAGAGCUCGUCCGGAAGCAGCGGCUACAAAUCUAAGCGCAAGACUAGGAGGAAACACAAGUCGAGCAGCGGCGCGUCCAGCCACGGCAGCAGGGACUCGCACAACCGUGAAAUUAAAAGAUUACGGCGUCGUUCUGGAAGCCAGCUGGAAGCCCGAAGAAAGCGCGAAUGGCAUAAGAGAGACACCGAAAGCGAUGUUCAGUCGCUGAGCUCUGUUAUCAGCGACGUGGCAGGCAAUACGCGGAGAGCGACUAAAAGACGUCGCCACCGGUCAUCUAGCGAGGAAAGCAACCGCCAAGAAACGCUCAGCGAAGAGGUGAAGAUGGCCUCAAGGAGUGCCGCUGAAAAAAAGGCUCGCCGCGUCGGCGUGGAGGGCAUCCAGACCAGCGAGUGCCGAGCAGCGGUGAAUUCGGCGGGUCAGGAGAGCGACUCGUUCGAAGCAGCUUCGAACGACGAGGCUACCGGAAACAAGAAGCGGCGAAAAAGGAAAGUGCCGCGUACUCCGGUGACCGACCUGUUCAGCGCUCUCAACGACCCCGCAGCAGCGUCUUCGUCUCGGAGUGCGAACGUAGACGACUCGUCGAAGCCUAGGCGCGAGACUAACAGGACACCUCCGAAAGAGACCAACGACGAUCGUUCCGACGACGGGCGGGUGAAGAAUCAGGCAGCCCCGGAUGUGCCACCGACGGAAGGGUCCCCUCCACCGAUGGAGUUUCCCGAUUUGGCUCCAGACAUUGCCGAGCUACUGCUGCAACUGUUCCUCGAGUUGCUUUUGAUCAUGCUUCUGCAGUACCUUGAUCAUGAACACCCACCGGAAAACUUGCAGUAGGGCACUGGCUAACCCGGCGUCGCCCGAGGGCCACAUUUCUAUACGAAUGAAAUCCCUCUGCAACCUAAAGCAUGUAUAAUUAUAAUUAUAACCCGGGAUUGUUUUAGGUUCUAAAUUUAUCCUAAUUUUAGAUAUAAAGGUACUGUAAAGGCCUAUAACAUGGUUGCUACAAUUGUUUCCGAAUCGGGGACUGAGGCAUAUUCCUAAACCCAGUGAUAUCGGACUUGUGCCGUACAGGUUCACCUUGGAAUACAUUGCACAAAUGUAGACGGCACAUAAAAUUUGUUUACCAAACAGGUGCCACUAACUGAAGCGCCGCAUUUCUCGGCCUGGCCCAGGCUCCCGACCGAAUGAACGCGUAGCCCUGCCCGGGAUCGCUAUAAAGCUUAUUCGUGCGUGCCUUAAAACAUUCAUCACUUAAGUAGUGCAUUGAAUGACAUUACAGCAAAACAGCACGCAGUGGCAAUGAAACGUUGCGGAAAAGUAUUUUUCCGACAGAGCCCAUCUACUGCAAACAUGAAAAAGUUGAUAGAAGCAAAAUCUGGUUUUAAAAUUCCUGGCAAGGCAUUUCAUAUAAAACUGUGGCGCACAUUUUUUGUUUUGAACAAUGAAGGUCACAUCCACUUGUAUAAAAAAAAUAAAGACAGGUGAGUCAGGUGCGGCUGAUAUCGAAAAUGGACACAGUCUUCCGGGGCGCAUUGGUUUGGCAUGUUGCUUUGUGUUCCAUGUUGAUGGUGAUGGUGAUCAUGAACCUCUGUCAUGGC